CUGUGCAGUGUUAGGUCAUAUUUGGCAUUGGCUUAAAUUUGUUCAUGGUAUUGAGGGUGGCCAUAUUCCAAUAGUUCUUCGGCUUAGCACCCUCUAAUGUAGACCAAAUCACCCCUCUCCCUAAUAAAAUUUACGGUGAUGCUGUUUUACAGUCCACAAAAUUGAAGUACACAUGUCGGCUAGAGUUCUCCAGCAAGAGUUUAUUAUUAAAAUUCAUAGACCCAAGACUUAGACAGAAUCACUGAAAUGGAUAUUUAGAGUACUGAAGCCAGAUUAAUUCAAGGCACUAAUGGUUACCAUAAUGAAUACGUCUAGUGGUGAAGCACUAGCAAUUGCAGUUGGCACAAGUAGCACAUCAAUGAAUCACAUGGUGUCGGACGAUGACGAUGGGUGCCCCUCAUCGCCAGGAUCAGCCCAAUUUGAUGACGGAGGAGACCUUAUGGCGGCGGCAAUGGGCGAUGAAGUGACUGCCCAACUCGCUGCUGCAGGUUGGCAAAAAGAACAUGGUCCAGUAGGUGUAGCCGCCGCAGCCGCAAUUGUCUCCGCAAAAAAGAGGAAACGCCCUCACUCAUUUGAGACCAACCCGUCCAUUAGGAAACGUCAGCAGAAUAGGUUACUUAGGAAAUUAAGACUAACAAUUGAUGAAUUUGCAACUCGAGUUGGACAGCAGGCCGUAGUUGUUGUAGCAACACCAGGGAAACCACAGAACAGUUUCAAAGUUUUUGGUGCAAAACCUCUGGAAGAUGUGAUGAAAAACAUCCGCUCAAUGAUAAUGGAAGAACUGGAAAAUGCAUUAGCGCAGCAGGCCCCCCCACCAGUUCAAGAUGAUCCGUCACUGUAUGAAUUGCCACCUCUUAUCAUUGAUGGUAUACCAACCCCAGUGGAGAAGAUGACGCAGGCGCAACUUCGAGCUUUUAUACCAUUAAUGCUUAAGUAUUCAACGGGGAGAGGGAAGCCGGGGUGGGGACGGGAAUCCACUCGACCUCCGUGGUGGCCGAAAGAAUUGCCGUGGGCAAAUGUAAGAAUGGAUGCCCGUACUGAAGAGGAGAAGCAGAAGUGCCGUAACUUGCAGAUAUCAUGGACUCACGCUCUUCGACAAAUUGUCAUAAAUUGCUACAAGUACCACGGGAGAGAAGAUCUGCUCCCGGCUUUCAACGAAGAGGACGAGAAAGCAAAUGCAGCAGCUGCAGCAAAUUCUGGAGUGAUGGGAGGAGGUGGCGGAACAGGAGGUGGAAACAGUGUCGGAGGAUCUGGCAGUGGCGGAGCGACCACGGUGACUCAGUAUGCUCCAACUGUACUGCAGACUAUCAGUAAUCCAGAUGGUACAGUGUCAAUAAUCCAGGUUGACCCCAACAAUCCUAUUAUCACACUUCCAGAUGGCACCACUGCUCAGGUCCAGGGAGUGGCAACCAUUCAUACAGCACAAGGAGCUGAUGGCACGCCUACCGUUCACACUGUUCAGGCACUUGCCGAAGUAGCGGCUGCACAGGGUGAUGGCUUGGCUGUUGACCUCAACAAUGUUACUGAGGCUACACUCAACCAGGAUGGGCAGCUCAUCCUAACUGGCGAGGAUGGCCAUGGUUAUCCAGUGUCUGUAUCUGGUAUGAUCACAGUUCCCGUAUCAGCAUCCAUGUAUCAAACUGUUGUUGCCAACCUUCAGCAAAUACACACACAAGGCGAUGGCACUUUACAGGGAGAAGAUCGCCUGUUCCAGGUGGUGACACCCAUGGUACAAGUCCCGAAAGUGGAACCAACGAACGGUUCGGACACUGUGGACACCAUCACGGUCACGCCUCAGUUAAUGGGUACACAUCAGGUUGUAACAAUGAGCAACGAGCCUCAGGUACUUCAAGUGCUGUCGCUGAAGGAUGCGGUCUUAACAAAACCUAUCGUGACCUCGGCAGGUAGAGGCCUUGCGAUGGGCCGAUCGCUCGUCCAAGGAGUGCUACCAAAUUAGAUCAAGCAAACCUCCGAAAAGAGAGGAAAAAAGCAGACCCCUCCAAAGCGGGACAGAUGCUAAAGAAUAAGAAGAAGAGCUAAAACCUUUUUUAAUAAAUCUUCAUCAUCAUAAUGCCGUGCCUUGAGAAUUUCACAUCUGUGGAUACUCUGUUUGCAAUACCAUUUCCUGUCGCAACACAUUUCUUCCUCUUGUAUUUGUCCAUGGUCUUUCUCUUUUCUUUGUAUCCCCCUUCACAUUGUUUUGCUGCCAUAUUCAUUAUUGAUUUUGCUGUGCGUAACAUUGUUGUUAAUUUAGUGUUUAAAUUAAGAAUAAAUAUGAAAUUUAUGUGAUUGAAAUGUUAUUUUACAUUCUUUACCAAAAUUAGUUCAACACAAUUUACAUUGUUUUGCAAGUUCUGUACUCACACAGAAUAUUACUUCCCUUUUCGCAGUACUGAUGUUGCUGCCAUCUGAGAAGUUAACACAACUUCCAUGUUAGAAUUAUUGAUGAUGGGGCAUUAAACUCUAAGAACAUGGGUGUCCUCUGUGGUGUGAUUUUUCAAAAAGAAGAAAUUACCUCUUUAAUAGUGAAUAUUGCUUUUGGUAUGGGUGGAGGGAAUUGUUCUCUUGUACUAGAUGAAGUUUUGUUAAAUUCAAUAUGAUCCAGGGUUGUAUUUGUAUGGUUAGUGAGAACAUAUUCUUGGUUUCUGGUACCAACAUAGGUAUUCUGUUCAGGCCCCAAAAUGUCUCUGAUAAUGAUUUCAUACACGUGGAAAAAGGAAUUAUGUAGAAGUAGGAUAUGAGGUUUUCACAGCAGUGAGUCUGAAGAUGGCUGUCUUCUGGGUUGUUGCACAGUGCGAUUAUGGAGGCAGCAAGGACCACUGAAACGUCGGUAAAAUUCUCUACCAGGCUACACGGCGCAACAACCCAGAAGACAGCCAUCUUCAAUUGUGUAGAUCUUCCAACUUGAAAAAGGCGCUGAACCAUUUUCAUCAGUCUGAUUUUAGAGGUGCAUAUAUCCUUUGAAGCAAUCCGUGAUCCAUGUAAAUACAAUGACAAUAAAUGUGAAACAAAUAACAAUCCAUGUGUGAACUGUCCUUGACCUGCUUAAGGCAUUGAUGUUUUGGACUUCACAUUCGUUCCAAAUUGACUGUUUUUUGUUAUUGUUUUAUUUUUUUGGGGGGGGGGGUAUUUUCAGCAAUCAGCAAAUUGUUAAAAUGAGUCUGUCUGGCAUUGUGAAAUGUAUUGAUACAUAUUAAUGAGACUGAUCCAGUUCUGAUGGAUAGUCUCAUGCAGUAACCAAAUAGCUCAGUUCUGAGUCCUUCCUUGUGCCCAAUACAUACUGUGUAUGGACAAACAGUGUAUAUAUAUAUAUUUUGCAUUUAGACUGAUGAGUGAGUGUUCGACUGUUAUGUUUCUUUCUUUGUCAGAUUUUGUUUUCUUUUGCACUUUUAUUUUGCUUCAUGUGAUUGUUGUGCCAUAGAAAAUAUUGGUAGUGUAAGGACACUGGUCAUGAAGAUGUGGUACGUUUCAGUUUGCUGUACAACCCCAUUCUUAUCAGCUUCUCCUUUGAUUGCACUCCUGUGCCAAAGACAGUAUUUUGGAACAUGGAUUUCACAAGUCAUGUGCUGUUUCUUCAGGGAUUGAAAUUUAAACAAAUCAGGUUCAGUUUUAACUGAAAAUAGACUGAUUUUGUUAUAUUAGUUUGUAAAUAUGCACAAUUUAACUUAAUUGUAAGGCAUUAACUGCCAUUAUAUUUAUUGGCUUCUUGCCAUACUUAAGUGUCACCGUGUGUUAUGAUUGUGUCCAGUAAGCAAGAUUUUAUGUCUGCCUGAAGAAAAUGUACCCAUUUUGUGAAAACCUUUCCCUGCCAUUGGACCAAAUGAGCCACCGAGGCAGGUUCUUCCAGGUCUGACAUAAUUCAGUAUGACGUGUGCUGAGAGUGUGAUGUUCUGUUGAGUGUAAUUUAUGUAUGUGUUAAGAGAUUGCACACCCAUGCAAUUAUUUUAUAUUUAGCACUUCCUGCUAGUUAUCUUGUGCAUAGAAGAUUUUGUUAUGUUAUACAGUUUUUAUGAGCGUUCUGACAGUUCUUGCAUUGCCUGUGUCACCAGGUUUGUCAGUAGCAGGACUGCGUAACUAUACUGUUCGAAGGAAAAAGUGUCUCAAUGACUUGAGUGUGGCAGAAUGGUCAUCCAAGUCCUCUGAAGGUUCAAACAUACACAUUAGAAAGUACAGCAGUUUUGUCCACGUGUUAACUGAAUCAAAGUAUUACAAGAAUGUUGUGAAAUUUUACAUAUGCAGAACAGCGGUAGACAAGAUGUAAAGGUAUGAAACAAAUGGUUAAGACACUUUUGCUCGUGUACAGUAGAUCAGUCAAUAUUUCUUGCUAUUUAAGUGUUUCUUGCAGUUGUUAUUAUUUAUGUGAAGAAAUAUUCAGCCAAUUGAAUACUGUACUUCAGGCAUUACUUUUUAUACUGAAUUUUGAUUUGCUGAUAUUUUCAGGUAGGUUAUAAUAAUGGAUGAAGUUGAUUAACUUGACCUUUAUUUUUGUUGCACUUAAUAUUGGAAUGUUUUUACAUAUUUACCCAUGGCAUUUAGGAAUUCUACAAGAUUUUAAUCAGUUCAGAUGUUGAUUGUAAAGUUGUUAGAGAGAAUUACAUCCUGUGAUAUGUGAUGAAGGUUUAUUCUUCUGUAUACUGUGUCUCAAAGUCUCUGUACUGCAGCUAUUUAGUAUGUUAGUUUAUGGCGGUCUCCGGGAAAACACAAAACUCAGUUUUGUUCUCUCCUACCAAGAAACACCUAUUCUCUCUGAUGGUUCACAUCUUGCCAGUUUGGUCAUGAUGAUUUUUGCAUUUGCAAGUCCGUGAUGAUAGACAAUUGAAAAAUGUAUUAAUUGGCUGAAUAAAGAACAUUUUAUUAUGAUA